AUGCUGGAGACCUAUAGCAACCUCAUGUUCUUGGGGCUCUGUGUACCUAAACCAGAAUUGAUUGUGAGGCUGGAGCAAGGUUCAGAACCAUGGAUAAGAGAAGCCUCAGACAAGAAUUUCACAGCCGUGCUUCUAGAGUCUUCUGUUCAUUGUCAGCAGCAAGACAGAAUGAAUGGAUCUCUGAAGCUGAUGUCAUUUGAUGAUGUGGCUGUGGACUUCACCUGGAAGGAGUGGCAGGAUCUCGAUCCUGGUCAGAGGGCCCUUCAUAGAGAAGUGAUGCUGGAGACUUAUAGCAACCUAAUGUCCUUGGGGCACUGUGUUCCUAAACCUAUAUUGAUUGUGAAGCUGGAGCAAGGUGCAGAACCAUGGACAAGAGAAGGCUCAGAAGAGAAUUUCACAGUUGCUGAGGUAGAAGGUACAAGUAUGGUACGCUAUUCAGGGAUAAAUUAUGGUUCUGACGUCCUCUGGAGGAAAAGGUGA